CCUGACCGUGACCGGAAGCAGGAAGUGCCGCGCUCAAAAGGGAACCUCAGGAGAACCUGGCAACAGUGAAAUAUCUAGCUUGAAGGAUGGGAGGGAAAGACUCUUUUGAGCCCAACCUAGAGAAGGGCCCUUCCCUCAUUCAGGCCAAGCCUAGUGGAGCUUUCGAGGAGAGAGCCACACAGACGAGCCUGCCGGAGGAAGUGCGCACUUCAGAUUUACGGCGCCAGCAAUUCAGGGACUUUGGCUACAGGGAGACAUUGGGACCUCGGGAGGUUUGCAGCCAGCUGCACCUUCUCUGCCGCCAGUGGCUCCGGCCAGAGCAGCACACCAAGGUGGAGAUGCUGGACCUGCUGGUGCUGGAGCAGUUCCUGGCCGUCCUUCCUACAGAGAUGGAGCGCUGGGUGAGGGAGUGCGGGGCAGAGAGCAGCUCCCAGGCCGUGGCCUUGGCAGAAGGAUUCCUCCUCAACCACGCAGAGGAGGGCAGUCAAAGCAUGGAGCAGCAGGACUUCUUUAAGGAAGAGGAGAAGACCAAGGCAACGAAGUAUUCAUCCGGGACCAGUUGUAUCAUGCCAGACUGGGAGAGCGCCUCCACCUCAUUGGGAGAAGGAACAAGGACACAACCACCAUUGCCAAGUCCAUCUCUUGAGUAUGGUUCAGCUUCAGUGGAGCUGGAUAAGGUGGCCUUUGAGGAGGUGACUGUGGAUUUCACGGAGGAGGAGUGGGCUCUGCUGGAUGCGGACCAAAAGGCCCUUCAGACGGACGUCAUGGAAGAGAAUUUCGAGCUUGUGCGCUCUCUCGGUGCUCAUGAGCAAUUGGAGGAGAAGGAAGAGGGACCAAGCAGCGGCCUGUUCAAAAGAGCUGAAUAUAAAGAGAUUGGACCAAAAGGAAGAAGACUUGAUACUGACAGGAAAGAGCAGAAGGAAACAACAGCUUCCCUGAGUGGGGUGGUCCCUGGAAUCUCAAUCCCGGAAAUAACUCAAACAGAAAUGGAAAUAAAUAUAUGUAUUUGUGGGAGGAGCUUCAAUGGUAGAGAAAACUUUGAUUCUCAUAUGAGAAUUCACACAGGAGAAAUGCCUGUGAAAACUGAGGAGUUUGGAAAGAUCAGCAAAAGCCACAUUUCUCACCCAGCUCAUCAGACGUGCCACUCAUCUUUCAAAUGCUCAGAUUGUGGAAAGAGCUUCACUGAAAAGAGGCAGCUGACUUGCCAUCAAGCAACCCACAGGGGAGAAAAACCAUUUCCGUGCUUGGAGUGUGGAAAACGUUUCACUCAGGAGAUGCAUCUCACUUUGCAUCAAAGAACUCACUCGGUAGAGAAGCCGUUUAAAUGCUUGGAGUGUGGAAAGAGCUUCAGCCGGAAGACGAUCCUGACUCUUCACGAAAUAGUUCACACGGGAGAAAAGCCAUUUCAGUGUCUGGAAUGUGGAGAGAGCUUCAAUCGGAAGACAAACCUCACUUGCCACCAAAGGAUUCAUACCGGGGAGAAACCGUUCCAGUGCCUGGAGUGUGGGAGAAGCUUCAGCUGGAUGACAAACCUCAUUCGCCAUCGAAGCGUUCACACCGGGCAAAAAACCUUUCAGUGUUUGGAGUGUGGAAGAAACUUCAGUCAGAAGAGAUACCUCACUUGCCAUGAAAGAAUUCACACAGGGGAGAAACCCUUUACGUGCUUAGAGUGUGGGAAGAGCUUUGGUCAAAAGGCACACCUGAUUUACCAUCAAGCAACUCAUGCAAAGCAUUAGCGAAAAUGGUGGAAAACUCGACUUUUAUGUGAUAAGACAUGUUCUAGAGGACCCCUUUGCUCCUCUAAAGUGGCAAUAGGUGCAGCGAAGAACACUGUGUCUGCAGAUUCACGUCUAGCUGAGCUGUUCAGAAUGGUGAGAGGCUUGACCCAGGUGCCCUCUCUGAACCCAUUGCUAAAACCUUCAGUAGCUCACUGUGAUGUUUUUAACAACCAUUUUGCAAAUACGAGGGUUGGAUGAAAAGUAAUGCCUCCACCUUUGUUGCUCUUCAACAGAUGGCAGUAUUGAUAUGUGGCAGGUACUGGCUUGUUCAGUAGAUUCUCCUCUAUAGUUCCAUUUUGGCAGGAAGCCUUCGCAUUGAACGGUAAUGUUGUUAAAGUGCGAAAUAUGACGGUCGGUCAAUGCAACUUAAGCAACAUGCAGUCAUUGAAUUUUUAACAGCAGAAGGUGUCACCCCAAAGGAGAUUCAUUAGAGAAUGCAAGCUGUUUAUAGUGAUUGUGUUGAUGUGAGUACUGUGCAUUGUUGGGCGAGUAAGUUUAAAGAUGUUGAGGUGCGUGACAAACCAAGAGUUGGACGUCUUGUGACAGCAACCACUAAGUUUCACAAGCAAAACGUUGAUAGAUUGAUUCAGGAUGAUCGUCUUAUCACUCAGAGAGAAAUUUCAAGCAUAAUCGGUAUUUCACAAGAACGUAUGGGUCACAUUAUUGCUUUGCUUGGCUAUCGGAAGAUCGGUGCACGAUGGGAACACAGCACAACUUCAAAGACUGGAUCUCACCACCGUACAGCAUCCUCCAUUCAGUCCAGAUUCAACACCGUCUGACUUCCAUCUGUUCCUGAUAAUGAAAGAAGAUCUGCGGGGACAUCAUUAUGCUUCUGAUGAAGACGUUGAGAGAACUGUGAGACGCUGGUUGCGGAAACAGAGUGUCGACUUCUCCCGUAACGGCUUCAGAAAAUUUGUUCACCGUUAGCAGAAAUGUAUCCAAAAGUGAAUAGUGGUAGUUAAAGAGCACAUUCUAAGGAUUGUUUCUGCAUUUGAUUUAUUAAAAUAUUCCCAUCCAAACCCAAGUAACGAAGAUAGAGGCAUUACUUUUCAUUCAACCCUUGUAAAAUCUCUCGCCAUUGGAGCAGAAUCCAACAAUGAGGUGUCCAGCAACUCUGAGUGGGUUUACACUGGAUCAGUUUCAGUUGGCUGAGUGUUGUUGAUGUGGACAAGCCGCUGCGGCUAGUAAGAAGGACCACUGUUGUACUCUAGAGCAGGAACACCUCUGGCCUUAAACACCAUACCAGCUUGUUAAAAUCAGCAAGCAGUUUAUUGAAUAAUAAAUUCACGCAAGGCAGUAAAAAUCCACCUUGCACAUUGAGGUCUCUGGAGGGCAGCUACUCCAACCAGCCAGAACGUGACUGGUAACUGUCACCCAAAGGGCCUUCUCGUUGACCGCCCUAAGACUGUGGAAUGACCUGCCAGAAGAGCUCCCACAGUGGGAUCAGCUGUUGGAAUUUAAAAUCAACUAAAGACCUAAGGGCCCCCUGUUGGCACAGCGGGUUAAACUGCUGAGCUGCUGAAUGUGCUGACUGAAAGAUUGGUGGUAAGAAUCAGGGGAGUGGGGUGAGCGCCUGCUGUUAGCCCCAGCUUCUGCCAAAGUAGCAGUUUGAAAACAUGCAAGUGUGAGUAGAUCAAUAGGUACUGCAUCUGCAGGAAGGUAACAGUGCUCCAUGCAGUCAUGCUGGCCACAUGACCUCGGAGGUGUCUGUGGACAAAGCCAGCUCUUUGGCUUACUAAUGGAGAUGAGCACCACCCCCCAGAGUUGGACACGACUGGACUUAAUGUCAAGGGGAAACCUUUACCUUUAAAGACCUAUUUCUUCCUGCAGACCUACCUAGCCAGUUUUAAGCAUGAAUUCUAAACUUAUGUCUUGUGUUUAAUCUCUGUUUUGUGUAUUUUAAUAUGUAUAUUUAUAGAAUUUUUACAAUGAUUAUGUAUUUUAAUUAUGCCGUAACCUGCCUUGAGCUACCAAGAGAGACGGGUUAGAAAUAAAAUUAUUAUUAAUAUUA